AUGGAGUCCUCAGAGGGUACCUCGGACAUCGUGCACCCCGAAGUUCGGGCGCAUAUCAACAGUCUCGUCUCUGCUCUCGGUGGUUUCAGCGCCGAAGAUGACGGACGAUAUGUUAUGGGCGACUCGGCCCUCGAGGUCCUCCGAGAUAUCAAGAAAUGGAUCCGAUUUUACGAUGAGAAGACGAACCGAAUGGACGUUGCACGAUGCUUAGCCGACGCGAACUUGGUGGACGGCGACUUGUUGCAUAUUCUGGCUUCCUGGCCACAGAACGCGACCGAUAACAGGUUCAAGGCUCGGGCUGCUUUGGCUUGCUUCGAAAUCAUGGUACCGUUGACAUGGCCACUCGAGCGCAACCACGAAGAGAUGACCGUCAACCACCACCGGCACAUGCCGGUCCUGCAGCUUGCUCAAGUGGCCUACAAGCGCUCCAUCAUCAAUUUCGACGCCGCCCAGAUUUUGCAUACCGCUGUUCGAGUCGCACUUCCGUCAAUGGCCUUGCCACGCAACAAUCGAACCCCCCGAGACGAAGGCAUCAUCAAACUAGUUCUGCUAUUCCUUCGCAAUAUGGCCAUGAUCUCGCCUCCUCCCAAUGUUCAAUACGAUGGCGACGAGUCGCACAUUUCAAGAUCCGCCUUGAUCGACGCUUUCUCGUUCCAGGAUAUACUGUUGACUAUUUUGACGCUGGCUUCGAAUAUGGGUGAGGACUUCAAUCAUGAAGGUGUUAUAGUCAUGGAGAUCAUCUUCCAUCUUGUGAAGCGUGUCGAUGUCUCGAAGCUCUUCAUGGACGAAAAGCAGCUCGGCAAGACAAAUGCGAAUGAACUCACGUCCUUGAUGAACAAGGAAGCUGCAAUGCACCGACCCCACAACAGGAAAGCCCCAACGAGACACAACCGCUUUGGCGCCAUGGUAUGGGUACAGCGUGGAGAUGGUAAAAUGUCCACCAUAUCUGGUCAGGACGCCCUGUUGGACGCUGCGACGCGGAAGCAAAAGAUGGACGACAGCAAGACCUAUCGCCCACCAAGAAGAGCCAGGAAGGACAUGGAACCGAAAGAUCUAGGACCAGUGGUGUCUUUGAACGCAAGAGCACGCCAGCAAUUACGGGGCUUCGUGGAAGAGUUCUUGGACUCGGGCUUCAAUCCCCUUUUCCUGAACGUCCGAAAGAAGUUGGACGAUGGGAAGGAGUACGUUUUCGGGUACCAUUACCAGCAAUUCUUUUACCUUGUAGCGUGGUUUCUUGAAGCUCAGAGAGCACGCACAAAGGCUACAAAAAGCAGUCAAGUCGCAGGUGGUGACGAUGUCGGGAGCUACAACCUUGUGGCUACUGUUCUGAACCAGGAGAUGUUCAUUACCCUCAACCGAUCCAUGUCCACCUCGCUGGAAGGCAAGAACUGGCAAGAGCUUUGCGCCGCCAUGAGAUGCUUCACCCAAAUUCUCCUUACCGUCCAAGAUAUGUCAGAGUCGGGAAAUGAGGAUGACGAAGAGAUCGCCGAAAACAUCUUGAGCAGAAUUUUCUACGAAGAGGAGACGCACGACCGCGUGGCAAACAUUGCCAGAAAUUACAAGGACCAAGGAUUCGAGUAUCUCGAUAGCUGUACCGAACUCGCGCAUACGUAUCUUCGCAUCCUGGAAGCAUAUGCCAAGCAGAAUGUGGACAUGCAAGUCCGAUCUCGUCGGAGGAUCAGAAGGAAGAAGGCAGCGAAAGCGGCGGUUGCAGACGAUGCGAACCCAGCCGCCGACGAUGAAUCAGAAAACGACCAGGCAAGCGCAGAACGAACAACGAAGGAGCGCAAGUUUGAUUUCAGUCGCUUUGCAGCUCGUUUCAUCCCUCAAGGUGUCAUAGAUACAUUUGUGAAGUUCACUAAAUAUUAUCAGGAUCUGAACGAUGCUCAACUCAAGCGAGCCCACCGGUUCUUCUACCGAGUGGCUUUCAAACAGAACAUGAGUGUCAUGCUCUACAGAGCUGACAUCAUCCACUUAUUCUACAGCAUGAUUAAAGGUCAACAACCGCUGGACAAGGGCUGCGGGAUGUAUAAGGAAUGGGAGGAGCUGGUGAAACAAGUGCUGAAGAAGUGCAUUCGCAAAGUCGAAGAGCGACCAGCUCUGAUUAUCGAAAUGCUCUUCUCCAAAAUCAACGCAACGGCCCAUUAUUUGGAGUAUGGAUAUGAGAAACAGACGAUUGCCAAAUCCACGCCUAAGCCAGCUGCCGAGCUAGAAUUUCGGACUAUUGUCGAGCGCGACCAGCAGAUUGCAGUUGCAGUUGGGGCGCUGCUGGACAAGAACCUGGCUCAUCAUAUCACAUGGGUCAAGGAUCAGUUAUCGUCGGCAGAGACCGAACGGCGAGCGUGGGAGGCGGCCGAGAAGGCGAUGCCAUCCGUCGAAAUAACCGGCGACGAAGGUGUGGAUCAAUCUAUGGAGGCUAACAUGACCAAGGAAAUGCCCUUGAUCACCGUGCGUCCCGAUGAUGAUGUGCGCCGGACGGCCAUGUUCAAGAACUCACACCUCCGACUUCUCAUGAAGUUGGUUGGGUUCGAGCGUCUAGCACCUACGCUUGAUGAGACACCCGAAUCGGCGUGGAUAAUUCCGUCAUCUCUCAACGCAGACCAUCUUCAAGAAUCUUUGGACUUCAUCAAGAGGGCAGAGUUUGACCCUCCAACCUUCGACGAUGGCAGGUUAGCCGAGGAUCAGCUGAGAAGGAAGACGGCGCCGCGGAAGACCGCAGUAUUUGACGAUGAUGACGGAGAAGACGAGGACGAGGAACUGUUCCCCGCCAAUGUACCUUCAACCCAUAAAGCUGCAGCAAAGCCAUCGGACAAACCUAAGAAAACAAGGCGUCGCCGCCGCCAAGACCAAGAUGCAGAACUCCUAACGGAAGACCAGUUAGAAGAGCGCGCCAGGAAACGCCGCGAUCACGAGAAGGAGAAGGCUCGCCGAUUCAAGAGUGAGCUCUACAUCAACUCCGAUGAUGAUCUCACGGAUGAAGAGCGAGACCGUGAAUUCUUCGAAAGCGAGGAGAGACUUCGCCAGAAACAGAGAGCAGCGAUACUCGGCAUCAAGCCCCCGUCACCAAAGCUCCUAACGGCUAAGCGGAAAGCCAUUGUGCUUGCCGAUAGCGAUAGCAACGAUGACGAUGAUAUGGUCUUGACACAAGAAUCGAAGUCGAGCCGGGCGAAUGUUGCGGAGAAGGAUGGAGAUACAUCCGGCACAGACGACACACCACCUUCUUCCAGUCCACAUGCGGACUCGGCAAGCGGGGCAAAAAGGAGGAGAGUAUCGAAGGAGCCGAGCCCCGCUCAAGUUGAUGGUGAGCCCACAAGUGCCGACGUUGAUAUGGAUGAUGCGGAUGACGAGGAUACACCGGCAGCGAAGCCGGCACGGGGACGGCCAAGAGCCAAGGCUGGUUUUAUCAUUGACAGCGAUGAUGAGGAAUAA